AUGCUUUACAACGUUGUUUCUUUACGAUCAACACCACUGGUCAAACGGAAGAAAGUGCGCCGAGCAUGCGACUUUUGCCGUCAGCACCGGGUUCGCUGCGAUGGUGGAUUACCCUGUGGCCAGUGUCGUGCCAACAAGAUCCAAUGCAGCAAGCCGACCCAGCACUCAAGACCACCUUCUGGCACCCGGAAACUGCAGCCGGCUGCUCUACGCAGUCCCCGGCCAGCCCAGGUUGCGCCGCCAUCUACCCCGAUUCAAGAAAGCCCCAACCAACAAAUGUCAGCACGCCCAUCUCCUCAGCCUAUUGACCCGGCUCCUUCAGACGCUCAGUAUUCCUCGCCAAACUUGCUGAGGACAACCGAGUCGGAUGUGACAUAUCUGGCGCUGGACAGCUUACAGAAGCUUGAAAAAUCGCUGUUUGAUGUCUUCUGGACUCGGUAUCAUCCUCUAAUGCCGAUUAUUAGCCCGGAGGACUUGACGAUCACGUCGGGUCAAAAGUCUGAGCCAUUGCGGCAAGCGCUGAUGGCCUACUGCUUACAAUCAAUCCAUUAUGCUGGGCUUCAGAACCGCUUGCUAAGCAUUCAAAUUGGCUCAGUAUCAUUACACGCAGGGGAGCAUUCCCAUCAAGCCCCUUCGCUAGCUAGCCUAUAUGUUGCUUUUUUCCAAAGGGCUCUUGGGACGAACAGCAACUAUCAUUUGUAUGCAGAGCCUUCUUUACUAGACGUGCAGCGGCAUCUCUUCAUGGCCGCUUUUCUACAGAACUUCGGAGAGUACCAAGCAGCAUAUAAUAUUAUUGGCGUGGCGAUGCGACUCGCACAGUCGCUGGACUUACAGCACCCCCUGGUAACUCGUGCGACCACACAUGAGUUUGAGACGCGUCAUCAUGUUUGGUGGACAUUGGUACACCUCGACUUCCAUUGUUCACGACUUCUGGGAAAGCCUAUGGCUAUCUCUUUAGAUGAUGCGAUGCUCAACACGCCACCUUUGAACCCGCAGAAUCCUUGGGAUACCCCAGAGCUCGGAUUCCAUUCGGCAUCGAUAUCGCUCACUGUUGUGGCAAGGAAGAUGGCCGAGGAUUUGGAGCGUCAUGUGCGUGAUGCAUCAGGGACAAUAGAUCCAUAUGAUCAAAUCGAGCGCCAUGCGCACUUUUUGUCGCGGGAAAUCAAGGGCCUGUACCGAUGGAGAGAUCAAAUUUUGGACGCGAACCUCUACACCAACAUUACACUUAUAUGUAAUGUUUAUCAACCAGACGAGGUUACCUCUUCCAUGAGUCGGCUGAAACAUGAUCAGAAUGCAACACUGUCGUUUCAAGAGGCCCCAGCGCUCACCUUACAAAAAUCGCUUCUAGAGCUUCGGUACCAUGACAUCAUACUCUGGGCUCACCGACCAUUUAUCCAGUUCCCAAGUCGCGGCUUAGUUCCGCAACGGAGCCCACAAGCCGACAUACACGCUACCACGGCACUACAACACGCGCUAACUGUCACAGACCUCAUACACACUCGCAUGCUCUAUAAUGAUGCUCUUUAUGGAUGUCCGGAGAUCUACCAGUACGUGUGGAAUGCCGUUCUGACCCUUGUUGGGUUUAUGCUGGCCUACCCCCUAUGCUACUGGUUCCCACUUGCUCAGCAACAUGUUGAGCGAUCACUUCCGAUAUUUGAGGGGGCGGGGACAGAUAAUCCAAUUGCAUCCCGAGCGGCUCAACGGACACGGUAUCUACUAGGGAGAGUUAGUACCCUCAUAGAGUUGUUGAGUUCUCAAUCAUCAGCGUUCAGUGAUCGCAACGACUAUCGGAGGGUGCAGACCGACGAACAAUUGGAAGCAGAGAACCAGCAAUCUUUGCCCUUCGCAUUCGAGGAAAAUGCUUUGUGGUCAUUUGCAGAUACUGUUGACCCUAAUACCUGGUCUGGUUACUGUCAUGAAAUCAGUGAUAUGUUGAUGGACGUGCCUGAGAUACAUUUGGGAACUAAUUUUUGA